AUGAAUAAUAGAAUCUUUAGAUUUUAAAAUACAAAUAUUUUAGCAUAAGCAUUAACUAAUAAGAUUCAUGAAUUAGAAUUUUAAUCAAAAAAAGGAAUUAAAUAUCCAUAUGGAAAUAAUGAAGAAUUGGUUGUGAUUGGAUAAAUGAUUUUAGAAUUUUAUUUCUCUGAUUAUUUGAUUUAGAGAGGGUAUUUUCUAGAAAAUAUAUAGAUAUCCAAACAAAGAUUCCUCAAUUAAAAAGCCAAGUGAUCUUAUUUUACUUAGAUAAAGACUUCUUAAUGAGAAAAACUUAGCAGAAAUUGCUAUCUAAUAUAAUAUUCAUAAUAUUGUCCAAAUAGGUAAUCAAACAGCUUUAAAGUAAAUAUAUGCAUCAUAUAUAAAGAAAAAAUCCUAAAAUUCUAACAGAAACAUUGAAAGCUAUUUUGGCAGCAUAAUAUUAUGAUUCUGGAUUUGAUUUAGAACAUAUAAGAGAAAUAACUUAACCUAUUUUUAAAGAACUUUUAGACAAGUAAUCAAAUAUUAUACAAUUUAGAGGUUAGAAUAUUCCAAUUGGUGAAUUAAAAUAAAAUGCUAAAUCAUCAUUCCUUGAAUUCAUCAACACAUUUACAGAUUUAAUACCAAAAGUAUCAGUUGAAUGGAAAAAAGAUGGAAAUUCAGUUAAUGUUUUUAAAGUAUAAUUAGAAUUAGAUUCGCUACUAAAUAUUUCUAAAACUGGAAUUAAUAAGAGAUAAACAGAAUAACUUGUAUAUCUUGAAGCUUUAAAGGAAUUAAAAUAGAAAACGACAAAUUAAUUAAAUUUACCUUUGAAAACAUAAAUUCAAAAAAAUAUCUAAAAAUAACAAUCAUCUGAAUAAAGCACAAUCAUAUAUGAAUUAGAAAGAUCAAUUAUAAAUGAGAGUCAAUCUUUACAAUUUUCAGAGAUUUAUGAAUUUAGUAAUUCAGAUUUUUAAGAAUCAUUAAGUGAUAAAGUAGAAAAUUUUCUUUAGAAAUUAGCAUUUUGA